GCCAGUGAGCUAUAGAGAAACUCGUAAAACCCCCAACAACCACACGUUCGUCCCCUCACUUUGCACCCUUGUCUGAUAGUCUGAUAGUCCUAUGGUGUCAUGUCGUGUCAGUCGCGAAAGGAAGGUAACGGGGGAGCGGUAUAUCCCAAGCCCUAGAAAAGAAAACAAGGACGGCGGGUGUAGGUGCCGAACGGGGGGAGAAUCAAAGUGUGUGAAUUGUGUACGUAGAUCAAGUAUAUGGAGAAAGGGAGUAUUGCUAUGGGGUUGGCUGUAUCUUUUCUUGUGCUCUUGUUGUCGUCAGGUCUUUCAGGUCGGUUGAAACGGUCGAGAAAGUAUGCCAUGUGUUAUACCAUGUCUCGAGAUAAGAUGAGGAAGCACAAACUCGGGAAUACGGAGACUGAUAAAUAGACAAUUAUGGUUAGUUUGACGUAUUCAAUGUCGUAUACAC